GCGCCAAUGAGAAAGCUAGAACUCUAGAGGAAACGGAUCUGACGAACAGUUUCACGCAGAAGUCUCAGAAGCCAUAGCAGCAGGACAAGGGUGUUGAGGAGCAGUGAGAUCAGCUAUCUUGACACAAUGGGUCGUCACUUUGGAGAUUUGGCCAAAAUAAGGCAUGUGAUUACCUACAGUAUUUCGCCCUUUGAGCAGAGGGCGUUCCCGAACUACUUUUCCAAGGGAAUCCCUAAUGUGUGGAGACGAUUCAAAGCAUCUGUAUUCAAGGUUGCACCACCCAUGAUCCUGAUGUACCUGACCUACACAUGGGGCAAUCAUGUUCACGAACAGGGCAAAAGAAAGAACCUCACUGACUUUGAGAAUGACCAGUAAAAUCAGUCAGUUGAAGAUGUGUCUUUCUGUACAAUUAAUCAAUAAAGAAAAUAUUUAUGGAAAAUCGA